GCCCGGCCGCCCUCGGGGAUCGUCGAGCCGCCUGCUGGCUGUCCUCCCGGCCGCAGCCAUGGAGCCGGCCUUCGGAGAAGUGAACCAGCUCGGCGGGGUCUUCGUCAACGGGCGCCCCCUGCCCAACGCGAUCCGGCUGCGGAUUGUGGAACUAGCCCAGCUGGGCAUCCGGCCGUGCGACAUCAGCCGGCAGCUGCGCGUCUCGCACGGCUGCGUGAGCAAAAUCCUGGCGCGCUACAACGAGACAGGCUCCAUCCUGCCGGGGGCCAUCGGAGGCAGCAAGCCGCGGGUCACCACGCCGACGGUGGUGAAGCACAUCCGGACCUACAAACAAAGGGACCCUGGCAUCUUCGCCUGGGAGAUCCGCGACCGGCUACUGGCCGACGGCGUGUGCGACAAGUACAACGUGCCCUCGGUCAGCUCCAUCAGCCGCAUCCUGCGCAACAAGAUCGGAAACCUUUCGCAGCAGAGCCCCUACGAGGCCUACAAGCAGCACCAAGCCGCCCCCCAGCCCGCCCUGCCCUACAACCACAUCUACUCCUACCCCAGCCCCAUCGCCGCGGCCGGCGCCAAAGGGCCCACCCCGCCCGGCGUGCCCACCCUGCACGGCGCAGUCCACAUGCCUCGGACCUGGCCCUCCUCCCACUCCGUCACCGACAUCCUGGGGAUCCGCUCCAUAACAGACCAAGUGAGCGACAGCUCGCCCUACCACAGCCCCAAGAUCGAAGAGUGGAGCAGCCUGAGCCGGAGCAGCUUCGCGGCCACGGCCCAGCACGCGGCGGUGAACGGGCUGGACAAGAGCGCCCUGGAGCAAGAGGCCAAGUACAGCCAGGCACCAAGCGGUCUUCCAACAGUUGGCGGCUUUGUCUCAGCACCAACAAUGGCGCCUUACCCAACACCAGCACAAGUGUCUCCUUACAUGGCAUACAGUGCUGCUCCUUCUGGUUAUGUAGCUGGUCAUGGCUGGCAGCAUACUGGAGGCACCCCACUUUCACCUCACAACUGUGAUAUUCCUGCAUCACUGGCUUUCAAGGGCAUGCAGACAGCAAGAGAAGGUAGUCACUCAGUCACAGCCUCUGCACUCUGAUAUCAGAAAUAUGGCAGAACUAUUUCCAUCCAGCCCCAUCUUAUUAUCUCCCCCAUAAUUUCUUCUCUCAGAUUGACAUUGAAGGCUAGUGACAUUUUCUCCAUGAUACUUUGCUUAAAAAAAAAUUCAUUGGGAUUGAAUAAGUGUAAAUAACCUAACAAAGUGGUAGAAGUGUUGUUGCCCCUUGCACUGUUUUGCAUAAAGAAGAUCUUACAACCCUCAGAGGGCUUGUUGUGUGACUGUUCAUUGGUAAAACCACACGUAUUUAUUCUAAAUCAACAAGACCUUCUCAAAUGUGCAAUUGUUCAGAUUUGUGAAACAUCAGUCAAGGAAAGCAAGUAGCCAAAGAUAUGCUACAACUGUAGUCAACAAUAUGACCAAACAAGUUAUUUUUUAGAUUAACCAAUAGGUUUUAAAAAAAAUUGUAUGGUCCAGGGAAUUUUUUUUGGUUAACGGAUGACUUUUUGCAGUAACAAAUUAUAGAACCAGAUGAUGAUGAGGCUCUGUUAUUUAUCCUGUAUUUUAUUGUGAUUACAAGGAUGGUAAGGCUUUUGUUUUCUAUAUGUAAAUAUGGAUUUUGGUCAUAAAGUGUGUUUCCAUUCCCCAUCUAAUAUCUGUUUUCUUGUUCAAAAGUGACAUCUUUGCCAUUUGAUGUUUUUUUAGUGAUGGCACUUCAAAAGGUUCAAAAUUAAGACAAUUCUUUGAUUACAUUUUAUGCAGAGGGUGGAGGCUCCGGAAUCUCAUGAAUAAAUUUGGCUUCUUCAACACAGAACUCAUCAUAAGUUACUAUCAUAGCGUGGCCAAUGCUUUCAAUAGAAUUUGAGCAUAACUAGUUUUCUCAGGAUUGGGGCCUCGUAAGUCUUCCAGAUGGUACCCAGUCCUCCUAAAAUAAUAGGGUCAGAUCCUGUGAAGCAUGAGCAGAAAGCACUUGUUAAUAUGGAUUUUUGGCACCUUCCACUUUCCCCAGCAGUCCCCCUUUGGCUAUUGAAAAGUUAAUGCUGGAAAAGCCUUGUGGACAAAACACCUCAAGUGUCAGAAGCCGCACCAGGAAGAAGAGACUGGCCAAAAUUGCCUCUUCCACCAUCUGACCCUCUUGCACCAGCAGAAGUACCACUGGCAGAAGUGUAAUUUCUCCCACGUCUUUCUCCUCUCUGCAGCCCCCUAUGCAUUUUGGUAUCCCUGUACCAGCUUUUCAUUGAUCUCAUGGAACUGCUGAAAAGGAAGAAGGUGGGAAAAACCUGUUGUAUUCUCAGUUCAUAGGAUCUAACCCAAUAUAUUACCAUAUACACACCAAGUGUAUGAAUGAGACAUUGAUGGAAGGAACCUGAACAAAAUGGAAGCUUCAAUUUAAUGUGAAAUUUGUGCAGACAUUUUUAAUAAGGGCAUAAUCCACCAGGAAGUCUUCCUGCAUAGGCACAGUAGAGCACUUGUGUUUCUUCUGUUAAUUUCAAUAGGACAUGUACCGGAGGUGGGUGAUUUAUGCCCCGAGUUAAACCACUGUGAAAGAAAACUGUACUGUAAUUCGUUGGCUUACCUGUGUUCAGUAAUUCCAGCCCCAAAAUUAUGUUGUCAUUUAAAAAACCAAGAAAAUGAAAGUUGUCUUUUAUUCCUGUUUUAUUGAAUGUAAAAAUGGCUUUUGGUAAAGUUUACAUAAGCGUGUUUCAUCAUAGGCACAUUGGUGGUGGUACUACAAAUAUUAAUUUAUAAUAGUAACAAAAUUUCAAAUUUUGCAUUUCUGUAUCCUUUAUCAAAUGUCAUUUCAUGGUCAUUCAGAUUCCGAUUGCUCUCUUUUACUCUUUUCUCCUUAACAGUAUAAUCUUUUCAAGAUGGCCUGUCUUCCUUGGACAAUAAUAAAGUUGUGAAUAUAGUUUUGGAAAGCCUUCUUCAAGCUUGCAGAUGCAUGCUGAAGAUUAACCAUGAAAAGGAAUGAUUUGAAAAUUGACAUAUUUCCUAGCAUUAUAAAAUAUUAAUAUAUUAUGUAUUUUUGUAAGUCUAGUGCAAUAAUGUAAAAACACAUCACUCAAUACAGAUUUUGAAAGACUGCUUUAAUAAAAUUAUCUCCGUUUC